AUGGCUCCAUUGUCGCAAGAACAAAUUGAUAAGGAGUUUGCCGCUCAACUUUCUCUGUUAGAUUCACAAAGAAAAGGCAAAGAUAUUGUAAACGAGGGUGAAUAUUCUGAGGAUGAUUUUGAAAUGCUCCUAGCUAUGGCUAUAUCUAUUGAAGAAAGAAGUAACUCCUCGAAACCAUCCAGCUCCACUGGUUCUACUCAUCAAAAUCAAGUAGUUUCUGAUACAGGAGAUGACGAGUCUGAUGAUGUAGUUCCUGCUGUGGCUGAGGGUGCUGCGGGGAGUUCUUCUAACAGAUCAGUUGGAAGAAAUGCAGGGAAGAAUUGGUCUUGGAUUCAAGCUCUCCUGAUAUCUGUCACCAGUGGCGGAUCUGUGCAGGCGCAAGGAGGUGCACCUGCACCUCCGGUGGCCGGAAAACUCCAUUACAGCUGCUGGAGUUGCACCUCUGCUAGACGCACACAACCUGUUUGA